AUGCUGUGGCCCCAGGCCCUUCCUCCCUGCUUGGGAAAGGGAGAGAUUGUUGUGUCAAAAGCCCUAGGAGGCACACUUGUCAAUACAGCCCGGAUCAAAGACGGACUUCAAGAAGCCCUCAGUGUCAAAGGUUUGGUUCUAUUAGCCAAUAAGGUUUUUCUUGCUACUCCCCAGAAAGACAUAACAGACAGUCUAGAAGCCCAGUUCAAUGAUCCGCCAAUUUACCACACCAAUAAGGGUCACUCUGCAAAUAAAUUUUCUAAGAAACUUGUGUUCCAAUAUCGGGAUGAUGAAUCACCUGACCUGGACAAAGACCUGAUCGCAAAGGAAAUCAAACACAUCAAAUUCAAGUAUAAAGACAACAUCAAGCAAUCUGUUGACUUAUUCAAAGCCUGCAAGGCAAAGCCAGAAAAGUGA